CUUCAUCAGAGAAUAUUGCAAACUCUUCUUCCUGUUGCAAGAUUUGAUUAUCCAAACCUUGAAAUUCGCCGCAUGGCGAUUAACGGUUUAGGAAAUUUAUGUUUUCGUAGUGGUGCCAAGUUACAAGAAGAAUACAGAAAUAUUUAUGAAGUACUUUUGGCGAAUCUUAUGACAAUAGAACCUAAUUUGGAUGAUGCUGCUUUUCUCAAAGUUAUCAGUAGCACAUUACGAGCAUUACAAUUUAUCAUGAAUGAAGAUAAGACCAUUGUAACGGAAACAUUUGGCGAAACAAUUGAAGCUAUAAAGAGAUAUAUUUUCUUUAAUGCAGAAGAAUUAAAAAAGUUUUCUUUAAAUACGG